UUCUUCAAGAUUCUCAUCUCAGGACAUGGGCAGAAGAACAGCCACUCGCUUGCCGAGUUUUUGCUUGAACAGGAUAAGGCCUCGUGUUCGAGUCCGGUCUCCUCCGACGCAAGCCAAGGCUAAUCUGAAUCGUGCUGCACCUGCAACUAUUGAUCAUAACCAUGGACAAAGCUUUUUACUCGGACGGAAAAUCAUGGUAGUCGUCGAUUCCACCAUUGAAGCCAAGGGAGCUUUGCAGUGGGCACUGUCUCAUGCUGUCCAGUGUCAUGACACGGUGGUUCUUCUCUCUGUCACAAAGCCAUCAAAACAAGUGAUGGAUACAAAUGAUGAGUCCAACAAGAACAAAGUUUCGAGGGGAUAUGAACCAGUUUCCAGCUUGAAGACCAUGUGCAAUCAGAAGAGACCGGAGGUAGAAGUUGAGGUAGCUGUGGUGGAGGGAAAAGAGAAAGGUCCAACAAUAGUGGAAGAGGCCAAAAAGCAAGGGGCGGCGCUUCUGGUUUUGGGGCAUAAAAAGAAGUCCAUGACAUGGCGGCUCCUCAUGAUGUGGGCGGGGAGCCGGAUAACCGGCGGCGUCGUGGAGUACUGCAUCCAAAACGCCAGUUGCAUGGCAGUUGCAGUGAGAAGAAAAAGCAAAAAACUUGGAGGUUAUUUGAUCACCACUAAGCGGCACAAAGAUUUCUGGCUCUUGGCUUAAACUCAAACACCAUCAUUUGUAUAAUUACGAGUUUCGGUCCCUCUAUUCUACUAA